UCCUUCUUCAUGGAGGGAGAGAAUCUGACAUCCACCUGGGAAUUCCUCCUCCUUGGUCUUUCAGAGGAUUCUGAAAUAAAACCUGUCCUCUUUGGAGUGUUUCUGUCCAUCUACCUGAUCACGGUGCUUGGGAACCUGCUCAUUAUCCUGGCUGUCGUCUCCGACCCUCACCUCCACACACCCAUGUACUUCUUUCUCUGUAACCUGUCCUUGGCAGACAUUGGCUUUAGCAGUACUACCAUGCCCAAAAUGCUGCUCAACAUCCAGACACGCAACAAAUCCAUCACUUACACAGGCUGUCUGAUACAGGUGUCGUUUUUCUUCUUCUUCGGGUGUUUGGACAGUCUGCUCCUGAGUGUGAUGGCCUAUGACCGCUUGGUGGCCAUCUGCUACCCUCUGCACUACGCUGUCAUCAUGCACCCCCGCCUCUGUGUCUUCUUGUCUGUGGUGUCGCUCUCCAUCAGUGUUCUGGACUCUCAGUUACACUUCUUGGUUGUGUCUCACCUUACUUUCUGCAAAGUUGUGAAAAUCCGUCAUUUCUUUUGUGACCCUUCUCAGCUUCUUAAUCAUGCUUGUUCAAAAACUUCUAACAAUAAAAUAUUCAUUUAUAUUUUUGGUCUCAUUUUUGGUGGCAUUCCAGUCUCAGGAAUCCUUUAUUCUUACAGAAGAAUUCUUUCUGCCAUUCUGAGUAUUUCAUCAAAAGGAGGGAAAAGGAAAGCCUUCUCUACCUGCGGGACUCACCUGUGCGUUGUCUGCUUGUUUUAUGGGACAGCCUUUGGUGCCUACUUCAGUUCAGCUGCCUCAAACUCCCCUAGGAAAAGCGCAGUGGCCGCAGUCAUGUACACCAUAGUUACUCCAAUGCUGAACCCUUUCAUCUAUAGCCUGAGGAACAGGGACAUCAAGUGGGCCCUGUGGAAGAUUUCUAGCAGAAGACUCUAA